CGAAGUAUUUUCAUCAAUUUGUUAGACCUUUUUCAUUUGAUCAAAACACUUUUUCAAAAACCAAUGAACUAAGUCCAAGGUGAUGUCGAUUGGGUAGCCGCUCUGGAAGCUUGAUAGUAGCUAAAUCAAACUCAAUGACUCCGCAGAUGGCAGAUUCUUACGCCUUCGCUCAUCAGUUUUGGUCGUUUUGUUAUCAACUCCUGGUGACGUUUUGUGAAACCAGAAAAUUUAAAAAUGCAAAUGGGACCAAUGACGUUUUGUGGGUUGUCGUGGAAAUUUUGCAAGAGUACCUACUUUCGGAGGAGGAUCGAGAGAAAUUUGAUGAACUCUACAGAAUCUUCUCUCUUCUGGGUAAAAGUAUAGCAGCCAAACAAUCCAAUCGUAUUAAAGUAUGGGUUGGUGGACUAAAUUCUUCAAAGGCCAUGAAAGCCAAUACAAGGAAACAUAUGGAAAUGAUAGAAUUUGGGAUCAACCUCAAACCUCUGUGGAUGAAUUAGCGGAGUUCGAACAAGAGGACAUUGAUUUUGCAACUGCACUAUCACUUUCGGAAGAAGAUCAAAAAGUGGAAGCAGUGAUAGAGGAAGAAUCUCACAGUGAUGAAGAUGUCAUACACAGUACCAAAGAUGAAUCAGAGGAUGAUGAACAAGGUAGCAUAGCCCAGGCAGAGGAUGACAAUCAAAUUACCAAGUCUCAAUUGGAGGAAGAUGAGAGACUUGCCAAAGCUCGAAUGGAGGAAGACGAGCGAUCUGCCAAAGCUCAACACGAGGAAGAUGAGAUGAUUUUGAAAUUUCAAGCUGAAGAAGAUGAACAGUUAGCUAGAGCUUUCCAAGAAAGUCUAAACAUAGAUCCACCACCUCCUAGAUAUAUUUUCAAUCCUAAUCCUGUCUUCUAUCCAUCUGGAUACAGGGUUUGUGCCGGGUGCCACACUGAGAUUGGUUAUGGGCGGUUUCUAAGUAGCAUGGAAGCUUUUUGGCAUCCAGAAUGUUUUCGCUGCAAUUAUUGCAAUGAACCCAUUACAGAUUAUAAGUUUCCUAUCUUCUCGAACCGACCUUAUCACGAAUCCUGCUACUACAAGGAGCAACAUCACCCAAGAUGUGACGUUUGCCGCAACUUUAUUCCUUUUAAUUCUUCUGGUGUUAUAGAGUAUAUAAAGCAACCUAUCUCGUCACGACCGUAUUGUCCUUCACAUGAAAAAGAUGGAACGCCGAGAUGUUGUAGUUGUGAACAAAUGGAGACGAGAGACACUAGUUAUCUGUUACUUGAAGAUGGACGGAAGCUCUGUUUAGAGUGUUCGGACUCGGCAAUUAUGGAUACUCAUGAAUGUCAGCCUCUAUACCUCGAAAUUCAAGAAUUUUAUGAGGGUCUGAACAUGAAAGUUGAACAGCAAGUUCCCCUGUUGCUGGUCGAGCGGCAAGCUCUAAACGAGGCCAUGGAGGGAGAAAAGAAUGGUCACCAUCACUUACCUGAAACCAGGGGACUCUGCUUAUCAGAAGAACAGACUGUUGCUACUAUCUCGAAAAGGCCAAAGAUUGGGGCAGGCUACCCUAUAAAAGACAUGUUUACCGAACCUCAUAGAUUAGUUCGUCGAUGCGAAGUUACCGCUAUUCUCGUUUUGUAUGGCCUUCCUAGGUUACUGACAGGAUCUAUCUUGGCUCACGAGAUGAUGCACGCAUGGCUGAGGCUUAAAGGCUAUCCCAUUUUGAGGCCGGAGGUUGAAGAAGGAAUAUGCCAAGUACUGGCUCACACGUGGUUGGAUUCUGAGAAUAAUUCCAUCUCUGGAAGUGGUGUGGCCUCCACAUCUUCAUCUUCAUCACCUUCAUCGUCCUCGUCUUCUUCAUCUUCAAAGAAAGGUAGACGAUCUGACUUUGAGGAGAAACUUAGGGACUUUUUCAAACACCAGAUCGAGAAAAAUCCAUUAUCAGCUUAUGGAAAGGGAUUCUGGGAAGGGAACAACGCCGUGUCGAAAUAUGGCCUAAAGACGACCCUCGAUCACAUUCGGCUGACUGGAACCUUUCCAUAGAGUAACAUUCAAUAGCUUUACCUCUGGAUAUAUAAUCCCAAGUUCAUACAAAAACACAACAUAGUAGUACAUAAUGAGAAGCAAAAACAAAAUCAAAAUAAGCAUUCAAAAGUUAUGUGAAGUUAUUGUGAAUCUCUCUUAAAUAAAUGUAGCAUAAAUGUGCACAAGUGUUUGGAUGAAUA